AGUAUCGUAAAACAAUGUUGUGGUAUUAAUAACAACAACUCUGAUAUUUUACACAGUGCGCUUCUGAAGACUACACAACGCACAUGUUCAAUGCAGGUACACGAGAUCCUCCUAUGUCUUCAUCUAAUCCUUCGUCAACCUAUCAGACUCGAAAGCUUGCUCAGUCCCUGGACGCCAUCAAUACCCUUGCGCCCAGAGUACCAUCCUGCAACCGAUCCCGGUGAUUAAUGAAAGCAGGAUCUCGAAUUUAGUCCUGUACCGACAUCCUAUUAUAUAAGCCAAACUCAAUACCAUGACUUCUUCGGCUACGUCUCGACAUGUAGGAGCCUCUUUGACCUUUGAGUCACUUACACCUUUACCUCGCUUUCCCUUGGCAUCCGUCACAGAGGAGACGGAGGAUGGAAAUGACUACCUCGAUGUCCUUGCUGAAGGUACAGACGCUGACGAAUCCUUUGCCGAGCGGUGGGAGGCUGUAGCAACCGAGCACGACCCAGUCCUCCGAUAUGCCACUACCUGCUCAUUCCUACCGGGACGAGAUUCUCUUCAUAAUAUCACCACCUGCUCCUUAGCUAUCGAAUACGACCGCGAUAUCGAUGACCUCUAUCGCGCGACUGCUUGCUUUCUCGGAAAUUGUCAUGAUGGCGAGUGUACGUGCCUGGACGACAGGAGAAGCACUUACUGUGUGCCAGGAGAGAAUUUCGUUCUCACUGACAAGAACGAUGACUUCAGGCUAUCAUUCAGCCAUCCCACAGUAAAAGCUAUCUACUUUGGACGAUGUCUCAAAUGCGUGUGGCAGCGACAAUGUCUCAGAGACAUCGGAGACAAACGACAAACGAGGUUUGUCACCACCUCGGUACUCUGAAAUAGCAUAUGUAGAUGCUGACACGCACA